AUGAAGCCUCUGACAGUUGCCCUCCUCGCAAUCUCGGUUAUCGUUCUGUUGUUACACGAUGUUGAUGCACGUGGAGGUGGUCGAGGAGGAUCUAGUCGUAGUAGUAGUCGUGGCGGAUGGAGCAGCGGGAGCAAAGGCAGCCGAGGAAGCAGCAGAACUAGCUCAAGUCGCCGUGGUGGUUCGUCUUUAAAGCUCAAAAUUACCAAAACUACGCCAAUAAAGCCGGUGAAGUUUUCUACUCCAGUGAUCAAGUCUCAAGCGAUACGUGGUUCACGAACCAUACUAUUCACCAGAAUCGCGGCUGGUUUUCUCGUAACGAGAUAUGUACUGGCAAAAGCUCCAGUGUACUGGAAAGGAUUUGCAGUCUAUGGAAGAUACAUAUCCAUUCCCGAAGAAAGAGCAGUGAGGCUGUCGUCCGAAAGAGUGAGUUUACUGGACUCGAAUGGACACUUAUGUCUGAGAAACGUCUCAACACCUCCAACCCUGAAAGACGGACUUGAAAAGAAUCUCUUGGAACUGAACACGACUGUGAUCUACAAGACAAACCCGGAGAAGGUAACAAUACUGUAUGGUGUUAACAACACACUGAUUUCACUGGAAGACAUCAAAGAAAAGGACUUCACAGUCACGACUCGUGCUCGAUACAAUGUCACUGUCGCGGAAAACGCAAGCUGCACCCAAGUGGAAAAACAAGUCAAUGGAACAAUGAUUCAGCUGUAUGAAUUCAACCCCAACAAAACUAACAUAGCCGGCGUCAGUUUUAAGUUGAUUGUUACUCUAAUCAUGCUGAUGGGAUUGCUUAAUGAGCAUUAUUCUUUAUAA